GAAUUGUUCAUCUUGGGAACCAGAGCAACUAGAUACCAGCAAAAAAAUGUCAGCUGCCAGAGUGUUACUCCCCGGUACCGAUUUAAACGUAUCUAGACUAUGUUUAGGGUGUUGGCAGUUCAAUGCAAAUAAAGCAAAUCCUUCUUGGGAUGCCCAGCCAGAGGAGGUAUCUAAAGCUAUUGUGGAUAAAUGUUUUGAAGUCGGAGUUAACUUCUUCGACACAGCAGAGGGAUAUGGUGGAUCAGAGGAAGUCCUUGGGAAAUGUCUAAAGGGGCGUAGACAGAAUGCUGUUAUUGCCUCAAAGUUUGGAUUCAGACAAGGAGUUGAUACACCUACAUAUUCAGCAGAGCAGAUAGAUGAAGCAAUCACAAAAUGUCUACGCAAACUAGAAACAGACUACCUAGAUUUACUGCAGGUUCAUUUUCCUAGUUUUAUGUCUGACCCUGCAGCUGGUGUUAAGGAAUUGGAGAGACAGGUGGCUUUAGGAAGGAUUCGUUAUUACGGAGUAUCAAACUAUGGUCCUAAGAAUAUGAAACAAUUACUGGAGGCUGGUGGUAAACCUGUCACUAACCAGAUGGGUUACAACUUGUUAUGGAGAUCAGCUGAAUUUGAGGUACUACCAAUCUGUAAAGAGAACGGUGUUGGUAUUCUGGCCUACUCACCCUUACAACAAGGAUUACUAUCAGGAAGAUUUGCUAAACCUGAAGAUGUUCCUGUAGGAAGGAAGAGAGGAAAACUUUUCUCAAAAGAAAGUUGUGAUAUAUCUAGACAUGGUCAACCAGGAGCAGAAAAGGAAGUGUUUGAGGCUUUAGAUAAGAUAAGAGAUAUAUGUAAGAGAGCCAAUGUGACCAUGGCCAAAGCAUCUUUAGCAUGGUUAGUACAACAGGAAAAUGUACAGUCAUAUAUAGUGGGAGCUAGCUCACCUGAACAGAUUGUAGAUAAUACAGAAAUACCUACAUUACCUGAUAGUGUUGUAAAAGAACUAUGUGCUGCCACAGAUCCAAUCAAAUUGAAGAUAGGAAAAGUUUUAGACCAAUGGGCACACCCUGAUAGAUGUGAAUGAGUAUUUGGCAAUUAAACACAUUGUGGAAAAUUCAGGAAAGAUUCUUAUAUAUUUUUAUAGCAUUUUUUUAAAGGAUAUUGUAAUAGGAUGAUACCAUUUAUUCGGUAGAUCGUAGCUCAUUUGUAAUAAUUUUGUUUUGUGAAACCUUUAUAGGGUAACUGAAUUUAAUCAUUUUUAAUUAUUUUGGGAAGAAUGAGAGAAUCAUAUUUCAUGGUAUAAUAUUUGGAAAAUAAGUUUAAGUAUAAUGACAAAAAUGUACUUGUUUAAUAAAGAAAUCCACGAAUGAACAA